AUGGCGACGAUGCGGGCAAACCCGCGACUGCAGGUCGGAUCAGCACCAUGGAUAGAAGAGGAACGGGCUUCUGCACUACAGAUUGCAGAGGCUGAAGCCGAGGAGUUUACGUUCUCGGCGCGAAAUGAAGUCGAAUGGCUGAAUGAGCAUAUGGCGGAGAUAUUUAGUGAGAAUAACGUAAACGUCGCAGAGAUAUUCAAAACACCUGGAAAACUGAGAGGAAAGACACCGAGGACUGCGCGAAAGAUCAAUCCUCUUGAGUCGCGUCUACCAUUGUCCGACGUCUUCUCAAACACACCGCGAGGAGCACCUAGCCCUUUCAAACAAACAAAUUACCAAUCCCCAAGACCGACAUUUCGGGUCGCCGAAGACGAGCCAGCACAGAAAACAUCAUUCAUAAUACCAGAGGCUGCGGGUCCGGUGAGUCCAAUACAACGAAAGCCAGUCCCAACGAAUUAUUUCGAUUCUGGAUACUUUGGCAGUCAGGCAAUCGCUGCAACUCAACCACAUGAAGCAGCCGAAAUCCAAGCUACGCAGGUAAAUUCCCCUAUAAGGGAAGGCGUAGCUAGGGUAGAACUAUUGGAGCAGGAUGCUGUACUAAAUCGCGAAUCUGGCGAUUCAUUCGAGUCGGCAAAAGAGCAGCAAGCCCGAAGUCUGUCAGAAGAGAUGGAAGUGGACCCCGAAGUUGCCCAACCAAGCAGCGAAUUGGAAAGUACGCGCCCAGUGCUAGAAUCGCCACUCCAAACCCGAACCCAGCAACCAUCCUCACCACAAAAGCGAUCACCACAACGGUCGCCAGAGCGACCCGCAGCAGUUUUGCAGUCCCAACCAAAGGUUGCACCACAGGCCGAAGAACCAACACCUGUUGCUGAAGAUGAUCCCAUGGAAGAUGUUCAAUCGCCCACGUCUGAUGGCUCUAGCCCUAUCAGACCUGUCAUUGUUCGCAAGAGCAGUCUGAACUUUGCUUCAUUGCCGGCGAGAGAGCCAAUCACUACAAAGAAGAGUAUCGGUAGCCGCGUAUCACGAACAAGUCAAUUGGAUCAUACAAGAAACAGUUAUUAUGGCCGAGCCACUGGUGGUAAAAGUCUCGGAAAUACUAAACACGAGGAAUUGGAUAGAGAUGAGGAUGAAAUGGACGUUGACGUGGAUGACACCGAGAUCCCCAGAGACGACACGGAGUCGAAAAUGACCCAACUUCAUAACAAAACAUCGACGCAACGCCUUCAAGACCAAAUCAGCAAGCUUGGUCAGUCCCAAAGCCAUGCCCGCCCAGCAUCAAAAUCGAUUGCAGGCAAUGGGAUGGUUGCAUCCCAAGCUAAUCAAGUGCCACAACCCGCUACUUCCCAAGAAACGCGACAAAAAUCACCUCUGCGCAAGGAGCGCCCAACACCUGGCGCAUUUCCAGAAGAUGAGGAAGACAGUUGGAUUGGUCCUCCAACCGUUGCGCCGCGCGAGCCAGCAAUUUUCAGCCCAAGACCUCAACUACCAAAAAGCCAUUCAGCGGAUGUCAUGGAAGGGAUUCACGGGAAUGAUAGUAUUGGUGGUUCAGAAUUCAAUAUUCCAAAACGAGGCGAUGCUUCACCUCACCGUGCGCCUCAACGAUCCCCUCUCCGUGAACCUGCAAUUCCUGAGAGGACUACUAGCACUUUGGGUCAUAUCAAGUCAGCGUCGACUUCGAUUCUUCGAUCACCCAAGAAGGCAGGUGAUUCUCCCGGAAACAAGGGUAUUUCAGUGUCGAAUCCAGAACCUUCUAUUCAUACAAUCAACGAAAACGAGUCAACGACACCUCCAAAAUCACCAUCCAGAAGUUACCGCGGCAGCCCAUUGAAAGCUGCCAAGGACAAAUUCUCAUCUAUUUUAAAGACUUCACGAGGACUGUUCGCUAGUAGCGCGGCCGUCAGCGCUGAAGCGAAAUCUACGUUUUCCCCAGGAGGACCUUCAAAUCGCCCUGGCAUUCAUCCGACACCAUCCUUUGAGGAUGUUUUGUCACAGUCCAGCAGCAAUGCAGUAUUGUAUCCAACACUAAGCAAUUCAACCAAUAGCGAGCAGAAAUCUCAAAGGUCUCCUAAAAGCCUCUUUAAAAGCAGUACUCGAAAGACUCGUGCAUCAACCGAGAAAGAAGAGCGAAAAAAGGAGGAGCAGGCUCGAGAAGCUCGAGAGGCCAAAGAAGCCAAAGAAGCACUGAAGAUGGCGGAUCAGCUGGAGCAGGCUCGUAUGAAGGUCAAGGAAGAAGCGCGAGUGUACCAUCUCGAGCAAGAACGAGUUGUGGCUAUGCAAAAAGAGGUCCAGGCUCGAAAGGACAAGGAGCAGCAGUCUAAGAAGGCCCAGGUAGACGUACCCAGAGCUACUAGGUCUAGCCCGCGUAAGACAAAGGCACAACUUGAAGCUGAGGGUAUUGCUGCUGCGGCUGCUAGCACCGAAGAUGUCUCGGGCCGAGAUGUUGAGAUGAAUGAUGCGUCCGCCAUGCCACCCCCUGCUGCAGUUCCUCGACCCAAGUCUCAGAUUGGACGGCCUGGGCCAAAGAGGCCUCUCAAGCCGUCCAAAGAGCAGCUCAGCAAGGCUAAACCACCAACAGUUAUUCGUGUCGACACUGGCUCCCAGCGUGGUCAUCAAUAUCACCCAUCAACCUCGACACUUUCAGCAACUUUACAAGAUUCAUUAUCAGCCCCUGGUCCAUCUCAUAACACGUUGAAGAAGAAGGCUAGCAAUAGUUCUAUACAAAGCAAGGCAUCUACGAAUAGCUUCAAGUCAGCUGCAAACAAGGCAUUAGAGGCAGCAGCAAGGAAGAAAGAACAGGAUGAACUUGCUGCACAACGGAAACGAGAGGCGAAGCAAGAAGUCGAGAGACAACGUGCUGCUAACAAAGAGGAAGAGCGCCGAAAGGAGGAACAGCAACGCCGACAAGAAGCGGAACGUCAACGCGAGCUGCAACGGGAACGGGAACGAGCCAACGCCGCUGCAGAUGCGAAGAAAGCUGCAUCAAGACAAGCCAUUGAGAAAAGACGACAAGAAAUGGAGCGGGCAAAGCAAAUGGGUGCCCCACCCCCAGCAAUCAGACCACAGACAGCUGGGAUGCAUAAGGAAUUGCCACCUGUUCCAAUUCAACGGAAUGAAAUGGGCCAAGCAAAAGCCGGUCGACCUCAGGAGGAUCUCGGGAAGCCUGUUAAUGGGGGGAUGCAGAAUUCGUCAAAGGUUCCACCAAAGCGACCUCUCCAGCAGGAUGAUGAGCAUACACGCCCUCCGAUGCAACGGAAUGGGCCAUCAUAUCAUACCAAUGAACCACACUCUAAACGUCGCAAGACUAGCGAAAGAUUCGACGAUGAUGAUGAUAUGGAAGACCAUCCCAAGAUGACUGCUCCUCCAAUUCGUCAAUCCAGCAGUCGUCCAAAGGAUGUGCAAACUAAAUCAUUAUUCCCAAGUGGCUAUGCCAAUGUGCCACCAUCCAACAACCUUCAACGCAACACACUUAUCUCCCAGCAUACCAUGAACCAGUCGAAGCCUGCGCACCCAAUGGACAUGGCGCAAGUCUCAAAAGGGCCCAUCCCAUUCGCAUCAAGCUCUCAAGCCAAUGCGCAACCAUACAAAACCCCUGCCCGUCCCGGGAUCUCGAUGGCCAAUGGCAAAUCAGCUGCAAAAUCGACAUCUAAGCCCUCACCGAAAUAUCAAAAUGGCGAGAAUAUCGAGCUCCCCGAAAUCAACACCGACUCUGAGGACAGUGAUGACGAAGGCGGCACCUCGUUCCCCGUCAGUAGCUGGGCUGACUCGCCUGUCCUGCGCGAACAGCUCGCGCGUCAAGAACCUAUGGAUCCGUCCAAGAUUUUCGGUAAUCCUGGUCCAUUGAAUAUGGAAGAGGUGUUUAGCAAGAGUAAAGACCGCUUUGGGAAGUUUCGAAAUCGCACGAGUAGUGCGAAUUGGGGUGGUGUUGACCGGUUGACUGAGGAUGAGAUUCGGAAGGAUUUACAGGCUAGGGAUAAGUUGCGUAGGCAGGGGGGCUGGAGUUAUGAUUCUAUGGUCUGA